GCCUCGCCUUUGUAAACUGUCUGGGAGUGACCUUCCUCGGCCUUGAGAGUGGAGUACCCACUGACACUGCUCAUGUUUUCACCUACAUGUAUUAUAUGUAGCAAGUUGUGGUGGACACACACACCAACCUCCCACUCUGUGUAAUCCCGAUCCACACCUCUCGGUCCCUCCACAUUGUUCCAUGCAUUGGUGGUGGGACUCCACGCGGCGCAGGAGCCGUGAUACAGACUGAUGCCAACGCCGCCCACUGAGGAAAAGCGGCCUGCUGGUUGCAGGCUGUGCACCAGGCGGGCGGGCUAGAGCGAGCGAGCACGCGGGCGGGCGGGCGAGCAGGCAGCUGAGCAUCAGGGAGCACCACUGUAAUCCAUCGACUCGCAGCAGAGAGCGAGCUGGCAACAGCGCGAGCCCGCGCGGGUGGCGGCGAGCAGCGGCAGUCUUGUUCCCCGCCAGCCCCCACCAGCACCAGCAGCAGCAUCCAGCACGAUACAACCCGCUGCCAUGGAUAUCGAGCAGCUCAUCGACGAAGUGUCUCACACCCCUGCCAUCUGGGACUCCUCGGACACCAAACACAGCGACAGAGUCUUCAUCGCCAGACAGUGGAAGAGGAUCGGCGGCAAACUGGGAGUGAGCGAUGAGGCGGCCAAGAAGAAAUUCAAGAACCUCCGCGACCAGUUCAGACUGGAGCUGAAGAAAGUGCCGGAAGGAAGGGUUGGCGACCCCACCCUGGCGCCGGAGGAGUACCUCAGCUCGUGGCCUUGGUUCAGACUCAUGUUCUUCAUUAAGGACAAGAUCACCAGGAGGAUGCCGAGCAACAACAUGCCCACCAUCACCAUCAAGAGGAACAACGAGGAGAUGGAGGCCACAGAGUACGAGGCGUUUGACGAGAACAACUACGCCUCGCCGGACGCCCACGAGAGACUCAAUGCCUCCUUCAACGACAUCAUCAGGCCAAGCUGUGCCAAGAGGCUGAGGGAUAACACAACGCACGCUGACUACCUCACACUGGAGGCUCAGCGGCUGGAGCUGCUCAGGAGACAGUCUGACGAUGAGCGAGACAGUGACAGAAUGUUCCUCCUCAGUCUGCUGCCCGCGGUCAAGACUUUGGACCCUCGCCGCUCACACUUGUUCCGCCUCAAGGUCCACCAUCUCCUCUACGACGCCCGCUACUCCCCACACUUUGAGGAACAAUAAACGCACAAACACG